AUGGGCUGGCGGCCUUUGCCCGUGCAGCAAGGGCUGGAGAUGCCGAAUUGCCACCGCUGCUUGAAGCUUCUCGGCGAGCCGGAGCUGGUGCUUGCUGCCAGGCUUGCGGAUGACUGCGGAGCUGAGUUUCGGCGCAUUUUGACAGCUCAUCACAAGAUCCUUCCAAGAUGCGCGGUCCUGGCCGCAGCGCCGGUGGAUUGGCCUCGCUACUUGCGGCAGUUUCCAAAGGCCGCGCACCUGGAGGCCUUCGGGGGAUGCGUUGCCGCGGCUUCGGGGCGCCCCGUGCCUGCGGACCAGUUCGAGGCACAGCUGGCUGCCGCGCUCAGGGACUUGGGAGUGUCCGGCCACGAUGACUCCCCGCUGCUGGGGCUGGGUCUGGACUCGCUGGGCGCGGUGGAGCUGAGAAAUCGCCUGGGCAGGUCUCUGGGACUGGCGCUGCCAGCCACGAUGGUGUUUGACUACCCCUGCCGCCGCGACCUGCGCGCAUACCUGAAGACACGGGCGUCGCCAGGGCCAGCGGAGCCGGAGCCGAGUAUCACACCGCAGGCUCCACAGGCUGCUUCGAUGAUCAGUGCGCUCACACUGCGCAGUGCUUGUACUGCGCGCAGCGCAGACGUGGUGAGGGAAGUUCCCAUCACUCGCUGGGACCUGGAGAGCUACUUCCACGAGGAGGGGAGCUACAGCAGGCACGGCAGCUUUAUGGCAGAUGUGGAGUUCUUUGACUGCCACCUCUUCGGCAUCUCAGAGAACGAGGCCUCCGCCAUGGACCCAGCGCAGCGGAACUUGCUGGAGGUCAGCCAUGCCUCGCUGCAUUGCAGCGGUUUUGCAGGAGCCCAGGGUCUCGGAGCGGUGGUGGGCUCGACGCAGCACGACUGGUUCUUGCUGCAGGACCCGAGCGUGCGCUCAGCUUAUGGGGGCCUUGCGGUGAAUGGCGCCAUCCUGGCCAAUAGGCUUUCCUUCAACUUCGCGCUGCGGGGCCCGAGCCUCACGGUUGACACGGCCUGCUCCAGUGCCCUGGUGGCGCUGCGCCAGGCGCAAGCUGCAGGCGGUCCAGCCUUGGUUGCCGCGUGCAACCUGCUGCUGGCGCCUCAGAUCUUCGUCCUCUACUCGAAGGCACAGAUGCUGUCGCGUCAGGGCCGUUGCUUCUCCUUCGCCUCGGGCUCCGACGGCUACGUGCGGGGCGAGGCAGCGGUGGCUUUGCUGCUGGCGUCGGGAAGCUCGGGGUUGGAGAACCCGAUGGAGCUGACGAUUUGCGGCCUGGACGGGACAGAGCUUCGACUGGACGUGGAGGAGGAACUGCUGGGCUGGGAGCUUGUGCGCCUGGUGAGGCUGAAGCUCCCACCGAAGCCCGCGCAGCUGCGACUGAUCUUCGGGACCUCCAGGCUGGUGGCCGCCCAGACGCUUAAGGAGCAGGGCCUGCACAAUCAGUCCAGCGGCCAUUUCACCUACGCUCAUGCGGACGUGGUCGAGGCAUGGUGUGCGCUGAAGGCUGGCAGUAUGAAAGAAGCUGACGGAGGUCUGGACGGCAUCAUGCGAGUGAAUUUCCUGGAUAACUUUUGGCAGGACUUGCAGGGCUUGACUUUGCCAUCCAGCGUGCAGAGCCUGACUCUUGGAGCGCAAUUCAACCAAAGCUUACACACAGUGACUCUUCCAAGCAGCUUGCAGAGCCUGUCUCUUGGCAAGCAUUUCGACCAGAGCUUACAGGGGGUGACCCUGCCAUGCAGCCUGAAGAGCCUGACUUUUGGUGCGCACUUUGACCAGAGCUUGCAGGAAGUUAUUUUGCCAAACAGCUUACAGUCCUUGACUUUCGGUGAGUGCUUUGACCACAGCCUGCAGGGUGUGAUUCUGCCAAGCAGCUUGCGGAGCCUCACUUUUGGUUCGCGAUUUAAUCAACCAUUGCAAGGAGUGACAUUGCCGGAUGGCUUGCAGCACUUAGCUUUCGGAAUGCUUUUUAACCAACGCUUGCAAGGGAUAGCGUUUCCAGCGGGCUUGCAGAGUCUUGCUUUUGGGGACAACUUCUCCCACAGCUUGCAGGGGGUGACUCUGCCAUGCAACUUGCAGAGUCUUACAUUCGGCCAGAGCUUCAACCAAGGCUUGACUGGCUUGACUUUUACGACCCUCGAAACCCUCAGGUUCGGGGAUCGCUUCAACAAGAGCUUGCAGGGUGUGGCUCUGCCCCGUCUGCGCAGCCUCAGCGUGGGCAACUUGAACCAAUGCUUGACAGGUGUGACAAUGCCUUGUCUGCAGAGCCUGACUUUCGGAAAGUAUUUCAACCUGACGCACCAAGAAUCGGGACUGGCCCUGCCCAGCGUGCAGAGCCUUCACUUUUGUGCCUCGGCCAAUCGCAGCUUGCAGGGCAUCAGUCUGCCAGGCAGCUUGCAGAGCCUGAUACUCGGCGGGAAGUUUGACCAGAGUCUGCAAGACGUGACUUGGCCAAGCACCCUGAAGAGCCUGACCUUUGGCGAUCAGUUUAACCAAAGCCUCAGGGAAGUAACUCUGCCAUGUAGCCUGCAGAGCCUGACCUUCGGCAAGCAUUUCAAUCAGAGUUUGUACAGAGUGCAUCUGCCCAGCACGCUGCACAGCCUGACAUUUGGCCACUGGUUUAACCAAUGCUUGCAGGAAGUGAAUCUGCCAAAGAGCUUGCGAUGCUUGACUUUCGGCGACGGGUUCGACCAACCCUUGCAGGGAGUUGAUCUGCCAAGUUGCUUGCAAAGCUUGACUUUCGGGCGUAGCUUCAACCGAAGUUUCAAAGAUGUGGCUUUGCCUGACACUUUGCAGAGCUUGGCUUUCGGUGAUCACUUCAACCAACGCCUGGAGCAUUUGCCCCUGCACUUGGAGUCUUUGUCUCUGGGUGCGAACUUCAACCGAGGCCUGCAGGGAGUGACCUUGGACAACUUACUGCACCUGUCUUUGGUCAUCUUCGAGAGAUGGCAUCUGGGGGCUACUCCCAGGUUGCAGAGUUUCCAAGCACAAAACCUGGCCUUGGACCUGGAUUGCGAGAUUCUGUCCAUGGCUGUGAACAGCGACGGGCGCAGCGCCACGCUGUCCGCCCCCAACGGCCUGGCCCAGGAGGAGAUGCUGCGGGCUGGUGUUCCGCCAGACUUUGUGGAGUGCCACGGCACCGGCACGGCGCUGGGGGAUCCCAUCGAGGUGGGCGCUCUGUCGCGAGUGCUGAAGUACGCGCUUCUGAGCUCCACCAAGAGCUGCUGCGGCCACGCGGAGGCCGCGGCCGGGGCGCUGGGCUUGGCACGGCUGGCCAGUUGUCAGCAGUGCACUCAACACCUGCAGGUACUGAAUCCUCACAUCAGCACCAACCUUCAGUUCCUCACGGAGGUGGCCCGCACGCCCAAAGCCUUCGCUUUCGGGGUCUCGGCCUUUGGCUUCGGAGGCACCAACGCUCACGUGGUCCUGCGCCCGCACCGUUCGCCGCGACCAUUGGGCACCCGCCCGACUUUCCAGCGACGACCCUUCCUUUGGCAGGCUGCACCGGAUGUACUGGCCGGGAAGCUCUACGGAGUUCAAUGGAGGAGACAGGCCGCGCAGCCCACUCUGCCGGCGGAGCAGACUGUGAAGGCCUUCUUGCCAGACCUUCCAGUGGAACUCCCAAGCGGAGUUGUGCAAGGCAGCUCCUGUGGAGAGGAUUCAACGCACCUGCUCUUUUUGAGGGCUCUGGGAGCCGAGAAUGCCUCGGCUGCGUCGGAGGAGCUCUUUGAGUUGCUGGACUUGGCCAGAGACUGCAGCCAGCGGCGCCUUCGAGUCUCCCUCUUGGUGGUGACCCAGCUGUCCGCCUUGUCUGGCCUGCCCGGGGAGGGCCGGCGCUGCAACUCCGCGGCGCUCUGGGGGUUGGCGAGAUCCUUGCGCCUUGAGGCGCCCUGGGUCUCCGUGCGGCUUUUGGACCUGGAAGGCCCUAGUCAGCUGGGCAACAUCUCGCUGGGCGAGCUUGGCGAGGGCGAGCUGGAGUUCGGGCACUUGGACGCGCACUUCCGAGUACCGCGCCUGGCGGCUCUCCAGCCUGAAGGGAGGACUCCCCGGCGCCCGCCGCGUUUCGGCUGGCACCUGAUCAGCGGCGGCACCGGAGGUAUCGGUCUCCUUGCAGCGCUUGCCCUGCCCGCAGAGGGCUUGAUCCUGCUCUCCCGGCGUGGGGAGAUCGCAGUGCAGGAGCACGCGCUGUUUGAAGAGCUCGAGAGCUCAGGAGUGAAGCUGCAGAGGAUCCGAGCUGACGUGGCAGAUGCAGAGGCUGUCGCAGCAGUGAUGCAGCAGGUGUCGCCCUUGCAAGGCAUCGUCCAUGCAGCGCAGGCGCCCCUGGGCUAUGUGGAGCUGGCGCGCCAGAGCCGCGACACCUUCCUCAAAGAGUUUCGGGUUCGUGGCCUCGGGGCUUGGAGCCUCCACCGAGCCGAGAGGGGCGUUCAAUCCUUCGUGGCCAUUACCUCGCUGAAUGCAGCGCUUGGCCAGGGCUCCAACUCCGCCAUCGCCGCAGCCAACUGCCUGGUGGAGGGCCUGGUUGUGGUGCGCCGGUCCAGCGGCCAAGCGGGGGCGGUGCUCCAGUUUUCCCGCGUGGCGGAGGUGGGCUCGAAUGCGAAGCGCCCCUUAAGAUACGCGAGUGCAGUGUCGGCCAUCCGGGAGCUGCCCAUGCAGCUUUGCGCUGCCUUCCUGAAGUCCUUCCUGGUGCCUCCGGAGCCCUUGCUUCUCGCAGACGUCCAGUGGCCACAGCUGCAGGCGCAGCUGGGCCAAGAUCUGCCCAUCCUCAGGGACUUGGCAGGCGCGCAACAAGCAGCCGCGACCGGGCCAGUUGCGCCUGUCCAGCCGCAGCUUGCCCAGGGCCCCGUGCUGGUGCUGGGGGCCGGCUUCGGCGGCCUCGCGGCGGCGCGGCGGCUGCAGCGGCUGGGCCUGGGCUGCGCGGUGCUCGAGAAAGCGGCGGUCCUCGGGGGCUCCUGGACGCUGGGGAACCGCGCCUCGAAAGUGCAGAUCCAGCGGGGCACCUACUACCUGGGUUAUCCGGAGGAGCCUUGCCCUGCGGAGCUUCCCAACUACUCGAGCCGCGUUGAGAUGCUCCGGCACGCCCAGGUCUUGAUACAGUUGAGCCCUGUUCACCACUUCCAGACGCGAGGUCUGGGGGCAGAAGUGUUGCAGGUGCAGAAGGAGGGUUCCCGAUAUCGUGCACGCUGGAGAGACGAUCGGGGAGAAGGCGAAGAAGGCAUCUUCGGUGCGGUGAUGGCCUUCCCGGGCUUCUUGCCCACGCCUCGCCGCGUGCAGCUGCCGGAGGAGCACUGCUUUCAGGGGGUCUGUGGCUAUGGCGUGGCCGACGACGUGGACGUGAGCAACGCCAAGCGCGUGGCCAUUCUGGGCCACGGCGCUUUUGCGGUGGAGCACGCGCGCACCUCCGUGGAGGCCGGCGCUCAGGUGGCUCUCAUUUGUCGCAGGCGCAACCUGGUCUUGCCGCGAGUGGUGGCGUGGGUGGUCGAGAGCUCCGGGCCCAGAGCUGACCUGGACAUCGACACCGUCGUCCGCCUAAGCGCGCCCAUGUACCGCUUGGCGGGGAUAAAGGAAGAGGAGCUCGACAGGCGCGUCAUGGCGCAAUCCAACCCUGCCAUCUCGGACGCCUACUUCCUGCUGCAGGCUAUGGGCGUGCUGGAGGUGGUGGUGGGCGAUGUGCAGCGCGUGCUGCCCGCCGCUGUGCAGGUGGCUGAGGCGAGCGGUUUGCGGGAGCUGCCAUGCCAAGUGCUGGUGAAGUGCCUCGGCCGGGCACCCAAGCGCGGACUGGACCUCCACGGAGGCGUUCUGAGGGAGGGCUAUGCCGAGAUAAGAUGCUGGGACCAUUCGCCCCACAAAGCGCUGGACGGCGUGUUGCAGCUUCAACGCCUGCGAGGCUUUUGGGUGGACGGCGACUGUCGGCGCUUCGUCUUCAAGUUCUCCUCGAACAGCACGGGGGCAAGGAGCCUCAGCACGUUGUCCUUCUUCGUGCUGCUGUCCAGCGCCAUGGACGCCUUCUUUCACUUCCUGACAAGGCCAGCGGAGUUGGAGGAGAUGCUGGACAACUUGCCGACGGCCACAACUUUGGGGGAGGACCUCGGCGCCACCUUCGUAGGCCGAACGCUGCUGGCUCUGCACGGCCUUUCGGCGCCGCUCUGCCGCGCGGCCGCCGAGGCGGCGCGGAGGAAGUCCGCUGGGAUUCUGGAGGUUCACCCAGCCGAGCGCUUUCUCGAGGAGCUGGCCGCGGAAUGGCGCCAGUACUCGGCGGAAGUGGCUCAAAGCUAUCCGUGCCUCGGCCUGUCCCUUGCGGCCCGCAACGAGCUGAGGUUGGAAGAGAGGCAGCGGGUCGCGCGGGAUCUGGAGGCCACGGCCUGGGAUCUGAACGCGGGUUACUUCCCAAUGCCUUCGCAGCCGUUCCUUUUGUACACGGGAAGCCAAAGCGCCGCCUUCGGCCAGAAGUGCCGGAGCAAUGUCACUGGAGGCGCUCAGGACGAAGAUCCUGACGGCUGCGAGGCGAGCCUUGGGCGCGGAGAAUCUCGUGGCGGAGACACGCCGCUUCUAGACCUGGGUCUAGACUCCUUGGCGCAGAUCGACCUGCGCCAGUCCCUGGCGGCGCUCAACCUCCGCCUCAGCGCGGCGGAGCUCUUCGACUUCCCCACGGUUGAUGCCUUGGCGCGGCAUCUGAGCCAGGUUCCAGCAGAAGCAGUUGAACCCGAGGCGAGGACUCCAAAGAUCGAGUCCAAGCAGAUUGAGGCUGAGCCAAAGGUGCUCGUGCCGCCCCAUUGGUUCGACGUUCGCGCGCGGCUGCUCUUCCUGCACGGGGCCCGUUGUGACGCAGCGGUCACGCAGCGGUUGCUGGAAGCCACGGGUUGGCAAAGAUCCGACCUUUUUGACAUCGCCCUGGUGAACGCGCCCCAUGCCGACCGAGCAGACGCACAGUUGUUCGAGGGUCCAACACGCUUGGGCUGGUAUGACCCCGCUGGCAGCUACUUCCAAUGGGGGCUUCCGCAGAGCGAUGCAGACAGCAGAUGGGCGACCAGCCUGUCGUUGAUCUCCCACGUCUGGCGUGAGUGGGGCCCCUUCGAUGGCAUCGCCGGCAUUUGUGAGGGCGCCGCGGCGGCGGCGCUGGCGGCGCUGCAGGGCUUGCAGCCUUUGCCGCGGUUCCUGGUAUCCAUAGGCGGCUACGCAGCAGAAGCGCCGGAGUUCCAGUCGCUGUACCAGCGCCCUGCAGGCAUCCCGUCCCUGCACUUGGUGGGGCGUGAGGAGGCAGCGCCGGCCCAGGCCUUUCCUGGCCUACCAUGCUGGUGCAGCUCUGACUCCGUCCCGCUCCAGCAGGAAAUCGCGGGCGCCCAUCGGCUGCCGGAGCUGGCACCGCUGGCGCCGCUGCUGCAGCGCUUCCUCCGGCGACGUGGAAACCGCGCGCCGCAGGCAGGCCCGGACCCCGCGGACUCUGCGGGCCCGCCGGAACCUUCGCAAUGCGCAAGACCAGAGCCGGCAGUACCCAGCCCAAUGGAGGAGGUGUUGCUGCAGGCAGAGGUGCUGCAGUCCAUGGCGCGCGCGAGCCCGCGCCAGAGGCAGCAGUGCCUGGCUGCAGCAGAGUUGCUGCAAAGGGGCGAAGCGGCGCCGCUGGCGGCGGCGCCUUUCCUGGAGCUGGGCCUGGGCUCGCUGGAGAUGGAUGCUGAUGCGCCAGAGCUUAUCGCAAGCUCUAGGCUUGCGCAUCCCCUCGCAGCUGAUCUUCGAAGGGCCCACAGUGCAAGCGCUGUCCCAGAAGCUCCUGCAGCUGCAACGGGAGGCGGCAGCUGCGGCCGUGACCGGCAGAGCCCUGGAGGCAGCUCCGGCUUCAGCUCCAGCCAAACCAAAGCCAGCCAUUGAAGCCACUGCGGUCAUCGCAGCAGGCGCCGUCAUCCGUGAGGAUGUGACCUUGGGUGCGGGAUGCCACAUCGGUGAGUUCGCCAUCGUGGGCCCCCGUGUGGUGCUGGGCCCCAACUGCCGCGUUGCGGCCAUGGCCGUGGUGGAGGCGGACGUGACCCUUGGGGCAGACUGCGAGGUCUGCUGCCGCGCGCUGGUGCGGGGGCCUCUCACCGCAGGCGCCCGGUGCCGCUUCGAAGAGGCUGCCGUGAUAGGCGGACACAGCAGCCACCAGGGCGCCACACGCAAUGGCUCCAUCCGCAUCGGGGACGACUGCAUCUUCGAGUUGGGCUCUGUGGUCUUGGCCCCGCGCGGCGACGCCGGAGUCUCCGGGGUCACGGCGAUUGGCAACGGUGUGGUGGUGCACAUGAAGGGCGAGGUGUCUCAUGAUUGCGCCUUGGUUCUUGCCGAUGCGGGGAUACCUCCGUGUUCGUCCUGGAGGACGGAGUCUUCCUGAACGGCGAGCUCGCGGGCUUUUGCCACAUCAUGGCCCAUGCCAAGGUGGGCAAGGGCGCGGUCUUCCAUCAGUUCACCACGCUGGGCUCCGGAGCCUUUUGUGCCAUGCUCACCAAGGUUCGAUUCGACGUGCUGCCCUUCUGCGUCUUUGACGAGCACGUGCUGCUAGUCGACCGCGUGGCCCUUGCGCGGGACGGCAGGUCAGCGAGGCAGAUGAGCUGGACGCCUUCUACAGCCGCCACUUCUCUUCGCAGGCGGCUGCCUAUAUCCAAUCUCUGGAUGGCAUCCUGUCCGAUGCGGAAGGCGCAUGGUACUCCGCGGAAGUGCGUCGCUUCUUUCAGAUCCGUGGGAGCAUGCGCGACCGGCGACUCUUGGCGCGUUAUGGCGAGCGCGAGCAGUGAGGUCUACGCCCCAAGCGUCCCGACGCGUGCAGCCAGUGAGGCGGCCGCGUAGGCGUUCCCAGUGUGCCAAGGUCAAGCUAUGCGGGU